AUGGCAGUCGUCGUAGCUCCGGAGAGCGCCACUGUGUUGGCAGAGCAGAUGGACGAGUUUCUGGCGAGUAUGCACUACGCCGUAUACGACCUGAUGCUCCCUCAGCUUGUCGAGACAUUUGCGUUCGGUCUUUUCACUUUCCUGAUUAUCGUAUCAUCGUGUACCAUCAUAAACAAAGGGUUGGAUACUCGGCCGAACCGCAUCAUGCUCGCAACUACGCUUGUCAUGUACAGCGUCGCGGCGAUCAAGUGGGCUCUUUGUUUCGCAAUUGUCUGGGGUGACUUCACCAGAGUGCUCCCUCAGACGCUUACGCUCGGCACGAACAACGCAUCCGUUGCUAGUGCGAGGUACAAGCUCAACGAGCUUAUAUACGUUUCUCAAGUGAUGAUCGUUAUCAACAUUCUCCUCAGCGAUGUCGUUGUCUUGUGGCGAGUAUGCGCUAUUUGGCUAUGGGACCGACGCGUCAUAGUACUUUCAUCUGUCUUCCAUUUGGCGGUCUUCAUCCCAUUCGUGUUCGUUCUUAUCGAAGACGUCGAGAGAAUCCUCAGUGGUCGUAUCCCCGGGAUCGAGGUUGAGACUGCUGUGCGCGUCAUAACGCCGAUAUCCCUUUCAAUCCCGCUUGCUCUGAACAUCUGGGCUACCGGCAUGAUCUGGUAUAAGGCUCGUGUACACAAGCGCUUGAUAGCGCUUGACCCUCGCUUCAAGACAAGAUCCGUUCUUUCAGUCAUGGUUGUACUGGUCGAGUCAGGCGUCGGGUACUGCAUACUCUGGGCCAUCUAUUUCGCUAGUAACUACAGCUCCCUCGGCCUCUUUGGAGUGUGCUACCAGAUCAUCAUCGCGCAGCUCACAGGAAUGUACCCUGUGGUCGUUAUCCUACUGGUGGCGCGCAAAACGCACGGCUUCGUCGAAAAGUCCUGGUCCUCUUCUGGCAUCCUCGGUCUCUCCUCAGACUUCUUGGCCGCCGCGCCGCCCAGCUCCUCGUUACCGUUGCUCAUGGGAGUCUCUCCAGUGAGCCCUUCCCCGUCACAAGCAUUUCUCGUGCAGCCGCCACGACCACCAAUGCUUGAGGCACGUAUACCACCACGCAGGCGUACGGACUGA